AUGACGACUGCUGCCCGACCGACGUUUGAACCAGCCCGUGGUGGCCAGGGCCGUGGAGAAAAUGAUCUCAGUGCCUUGUCUGUGCAGUAUUCCAGCAGGGACUUACCGUCGCACACAAAAUUGAAAUACAGGGAACCUGGACAGGGCACAACUGAAGAGCUUCAGAAGCAAGAUUUUGCCAAAGUACUCGAAGAAAAAGAAAAAAGUGUUGUGACUAAAGCAAUAGGUGGUGAACCUCCACUGAAAAAAAUACGUCCCGAACAUGUUCCAAUUGCAACAUUGGAUGUUGACGAUCCACUAGAUUUAGAUGCAUCAGAUGAUGAAGAUAGUGAAGAUGACGCAGAAGAAUUAAUGUUGGAAUUACAAAAAAUUAAAAAAGAAAGAAUGGCUGAAGAAGCUCGUAUGGAAGCAGAUAAACGUGAAGCUGAGGAACAAAUCAGAAUACAGAAUAUUCUUCAAGGAAAUCCGUUAUUAAGCUAUGGAGGGGGAUCAGCAGUACCCAAAGUUAACCAAAAAGUCAAGAGACGCUGGAAUGAUGAUGUGGUAUUUAAAAAUUGUGCUCGCACGGAACCAGAAAAGAACACAACAUUUAUAAAUGAUUGCAUACGCUCAGAUUUUCAUAGAAAAUUUAUGGAUAAAUAUAUUAAAUAA